AUUAAUUAUUAUUUUUUUUUUCGGAGGUGAUAUUUUCCUCGUAUUCUAAUAUCAUAUACUUCAACCUCAACGUAUUAAUAUGUAUUACAACUCAGAGAGGUCAGAUAGCACACAGCAGACAGUCAAUUUCAGAGACCAGAGUACUCAGAGUCAGACCAAUAUAGAAUAUUCCAGCGGUUCCCAAGCUGUUAGGCGCGAUGAAAUCUGGCAACGUUGUCUAAGUGGUUUGGCCCUAUCCCCUCCAACCACCGCGGUCGUAUGGGCACCAAAACCGUAAUGCUAGCAAUUUACAACGCCGAGCUACCACCAGAACCACCAUAUUUUGUUGUCUAUCGGCCUAUGGCUACCACGCUCGUUACGAAAACAAACUCUCAAAAAGGUGUAUCUAUGCUUUUUUAUUAUCACUAUAAAUCACUCUUUGGUCAUUACCAAGAUAAAUAAGAUAAAUAUGGCUCCCAAGAAAUCUGCAUAUUUCAUUUUCUUAGCUUGUUAUAGAGAUGAUGAAAUUAAGAAAGGAAAAAAACCAUCCAGCUACCAAGAAUUAAAUAUUAAAUUAUCACCUAUAUGGAAUGAUAUGACUGAAGAUGAAAAAAAAAAAUAUAAAGCUCUUGCUCAUAAAUAUAAUUCAAAUAAUUCAAAUUGUAAUAAAGAACAGCCAUUGAAUUAUAUUAGUGAUGUACAAAAAAAUAGCUGUGAUUUUUGGAACAUGCAGAAACAAAUAACUAACAUGUUUAAAUACAUACCUAAUGAUCAAGAGUUAUUAAAUAAAAAGUUUAUUUUAUUACACAUAAAUUGUCAUUCUCAUGAUGGAGAACAGUAUUAUUUUCCUGCUGAAAUAGCAGCACUAGAAUUUAAUUUAAAAAAUGGGCUUUCUCGCACUUAUCAUCAAAUUAUUGGUAUUUCUAAAAUGUAUCCAAAAGGUUAUGCUGGAGGUAUGAGAGUAUUUUCUGAUCAAUUUCAUCAAAUUAAUUGUUGGGAUGAACAUCCGGAUGAUUAUCAAAAUAUAUUUUUUGAAUUUUCAACAUUUCUUAAGGAUGGAAUAAUCAAUCAUACAGAUUUAAAAGAAGGUACUUUGGACUUACCAUAUCUAUAUACUGUACAGUCAGAAAUUGGUGUAAAUAUGAUGAAAGCUAAAAAUAGCUUAGAAAGACUAUACUCCACAGCUUUUCCAGAAGUUGAUGCUGAACGUUGUAAGUCUACAUUCAAAAUAGGAAAUGCUGAGCAAUUAUUGUUAGAAAUAAAAAAAAAAAUGAACCUACACUUGGAUGAAAAAAAUUUAAGUUCAAGAAACUCAGUUUGUAACAUUUUAGAAUCUGAUUUUUAUGGACAAGGGCUUGGUUGUAUGUACCAUGAAUUAAGAAAUAUUUCAUUCAAAUGUUCCAAAGCCCGCAUUCUUCAGUGGAUGUCAAAUAUUUGUAUUCACAUAAAUACAUUUACUGAUUUAAACCUUGUACCUGGCAAACACAUGGCAGCUCAAUUAAAUGAUGGUUCAAAAUUGAUAAUUGAAAAUGCUCAUUUACCUCUCUCAGCAGCAGAUCUAAAAUUAAACAAAAAUGCUUCUUAUGAUGAUAUAUUGGCUAACUCUAUCAUAUCACCACAAACACAAGAUUUUUAUGAUAAUGAAAAUGAUCUAGUUUGAAGAAUAGUCAAAUGAACUGUUAUGUAUUUUUUGUUUUUGUAUAUAAUGUUAUUAUUUAAUUUUGAUUUUAAUGUAUUUCCUAUGUAAUAGUGAAAAUAUUCUUAAUUUACACAUACCUAAGAAAUUUAUUUAAUUUUUUCUUCUCAUGAGUAAUGAAAAUAAAUUUUUUUUUGAUAAUGUUCAAUAAUGGUUAAGUUAAGUAAAUUUUUAUAUUUUUCUAAAUUUUAUUUUAUUUUUUUAAAUGGUUAAAUGAUUUAUUAUUAAUAAGAAUACAAUAAUUAUACUAUUAAUAUUCUGUUAAUAUUUGUAAAAUAAAAUGUUAUAUUGUCUGGUAAUAAUUAAGUUUAAUGUACAUUAUGCCAUGUGGUCCAGGCUUAAUGAGAGGUCAAUGAUCCAGUUUACAUAGAAAAAAUUUAUUAGAGAUUAAAGUUGAGAAUCAGAGUUUAAUGCUAUCAAACAAGAAAAAUAGUGCUGCUGUAAAAAAAAAAAAAUUGAUUUUUGCUAUAUAA